UCACAUUUUGCCUUAAUGAAGGGCAGUGCUGUGUCUGAUGGUUUAAUUGCGUCCAGAUCUUCCUGUAGGAAAUCGACUUUAAAGCAUGUGUAGGAGAGAUGUGCAUGAACAUGCUGUUUCAUAAAUGCAGCCCCAAAAUGACAGAUGAGCUCCGGUGGGUCUUGUGUGACACGGGCCUGGGUGACCAGGACAUGGUCCACGCCACCCUGCCCAAGGACACUAAUUCCAGCUGCUAAUCUGGAGUCCGAGGCCGAAAAUAACCCAGCGGGGCCGAGCCAGCGAGAAGCUGCUGCCACAACCUGGAAGGAAAUUGCUGUCAUCGGGAAUAAACUUCCUGGGUUGUUCUGCGGCCGGGGCAGUGCGGAAGAGAAGCGGCAGCGGGAGAGAUGGGCUUGACCAGCAGCGCGAAUAGCAGGUGAUGGGAAGGGCAGGACAACUUACGCAGGUGUAGAUUGGAAGUAAUUCCUAGGAAGCCACUAGGAAUAGCCUGGUUCUAGCUGAUGCUCAGGCUUCCUUGUAAUGAUGCCAUCACGGACAAAUCUGACUGCUGGGAUUCCCAGUAGCAAAGUCAAAUAUUCCAAGCUCUCCAGCACUGAUGAUGGAUAUAUUGACCUGCAGUUCAAGAAGAGCCCACCAAAAAUCCCCUACAAGGCAAUUGCACUGGCUAUUGUGCUCUUCAUGAUCGGGACCUUCCUCAUUAUCAUAGGAGCCCUCCUCUUGGCAGGAUAUAUUAGCAAAGGCGGAACGGACCGUGCCAUCCCUGUGCUCAUCAUUGGGAUCCUUGUGUUUCUCCCAGGCUUCUACCACCUCCGCAUUGCAUACUACGCUUCCAAAGGCUACCGGGGCUAUUCCUAUGACGAUAUCCCGGAUUUUGAUGAUUGAACAAUGUAUUUAAUUGCAUUAUAAUUAGGUUGGUGGUAAGAGCUGUUAGUUACCCUGGAUAUCAGAGGGGGCCUUGUAAGAUUGUAGAUGAAGUAUAUCAGUCACAAGAUGCCAGUUCCUGGUUUUGAAGUAUUGCAGGCUUUUCAGUUGGGGUGGUGGGGGCUUGAACGUGGAAUCGACCAAAAGGAUUGCAACAUUAGGUGGGAAGAACAUGUGAUUUAUUGUUUUUUUCCUCUUUUGGCUACAUAAUGCUGGUUGCUUGUAAGAAGUUCUUCUUGGGCAAGCCAAUUCUAGCAAUUAUCCAAAAAUAGAUGAGCCAGUUUCAGCAGCAAAGAUACUUGUUUUUUCUAACUGUUUUAUAGAGUUUAUUUUAGUUUUCAGUGAGAUUGUGGUUAGCACUGGGUUUAUCUUUGCAGAUAAACCAGCAUAGUUAAAUUCUCCUUUUGCUCUCUGUCCAUCAGAAAUGCUUCCAAUCUACUUGUCCUGUGCUUGUCUGGAGUAACAAGUCAGAUGUGUACAAGAGGGGGAAAACUGCACUUGCAUGAAAUGAUUUACAUGUGCAUUUGCUGCACAACUCCUCUUGUCAGAAUGACCAAGCUUUUUUACUCAGCAAACACAUACUUCAGAAGCCGCUGUUACUUUUGGCAAAAUCCACUUAUCCUUUAAAAGGACUGUUGUUGGAUUUUUGCUUAUUAUAUUAAACAAACUGAAUGGAUACAGGGAGAAUUGGAAUUUGGACCAGGACUCAAGUGUCUAGAUACCAAAAACCUUGGUUUUGACUAAUGUGGAUCUUGGAGACACUUGAAUUCCAUCUGUAUGUAUAUUUGGAAUCAUUUUGUCCUUGUCUAGAUAAUAUGCUGUGCAUAACUCCCUAGACCAGUAAAAAGGAAAUCUCUGUAUAGUUUGUACUAAAGUCCCAUUUGUAUUGUUUUGCUAGCUUCAGUGAUAGGUUAUUCAGGGAAAACAGAUUGGUAGCUCUAUUUUGUGUAAAAUAAAAACAGUCUGUCUCUUGAAGUGGGAAUGAACUCGGUGUCCUGGAGAACAAGUAUGUUGACAAGUAGUGAUACAAGUAGAUGUAUUAAAUAUGAAUAAACUUCAGUAUAUUCUGUGUACAAAUCAUAA